AUGAUCAGCAGGAUUUUCAUCGCUUGCCUGUUUCUCGGGAUGUACAGUAUGGGCUCCUCGCUAAGUUGCAAAUGGAUUGUAAAACAUCCAGACAACAAAAUGAGUCAAUUCAGUCUGUACAACGAAAUAGCUUUAGGUCGACUUCAUAUGAUGACUACUAACACCACUAAGGAUGCUGAAAUUGAGCACAACGUAGCUUUCCCUAAUCGACUGUAUCGCCAGACGUCCAAAGCAACAGCUGAGGAUAAACUGGCUUUCACAAUUCAGAUUCUGAAUGACCUGUUUGCCCUGUUUAAGAAGAAUCGCAGCUCUGCACCAUGGGAGGAGAACACAGUGGAGAACUUUCUCAAUAUUGUCCACAAACAGACUGAAGAGCUUCGCUCCUGUAUUGGAAGCCACAGCAAUACGACACAGAAGGGGCAACAGCUGUCUUUUAGGAGAGAAAUGUAUUUCAGAGACUCUUAA